UCAGUGGGAUGAUAUAAAGCGUCGGAGAAUCACAGAGAAUAGAGAUUAUUGGGCGGUGAGAUGAGUUUAGUCAACACUCAUAGAAGCUCUGCGCCAAUUCGUUCCCUCUCUCCUUCUUCAUCCUUCAUUUCCCGCUGCUCUCACACUCACACUUCCUCCUCUGAUUAUGUGACGUGUGGAACGCCAACUUGGAUUGGGAAGGGAAUCACUUGCAUUUGCUUCAAGCGGAAGGGAACUUUUGAACGAAUUUGUAUCAACCUGACUCCUGUACAGGAAGAUAGGUUAAGAAGAUUAAAGCACCGCAUGAAGGUCUACUUUGAUGGUUCAAGAAUCGACCACCAGGAGGCUUUAAGAGCUCUAUGGUAUGCAGCUUAUCCUGGUCAAGAGCUUCAGGCGUUGGUAUCAGAUCAAUGGAAAGAAAUGGGAUGGCAGGGAAGAGACCCAUCAACUGAUUUUAGAGGAGCUGGAUUUAUCUCUUUGGAGAAUUUGUUGUUCUUUGCAAAGACAUUCUCGACAACUUUCCAACUUCUGUUGAGAAAACAAGGAGGAAAGCCAGCUGCUUGGGAAUAUCCCUUUGCUGUUGCUGGUGUAAAUAUCACAUUUAUGAUCAUGCAAAUGCUUGAUCUAGAUUCUCCAAAACCAAGGACUUUUAUCAGAUCAGUUUUCCUGCAGAUGUUGUCAGAGAAUGAAUGGGCAUUUGACUUGCUUUACUGCGUCGCCUUCGUUGUCAUGGACAAACAAUGGCUGGAGAGAAAUGCUACCUACAUGGAGUUCAAUGAUGUAUUGAAGUCCACCAGAGCUCAGUUGGAGAAAGAACUUUUAAUGGAAGAUGUAUUACGGAUUGAAGAUAUGCCUUCUUACAACCUUCUUUUAACAUUAGAUUACAGCAUAGGUAGAUGUAAGAUGAUGUUACUUUAGCAGAAGAAUGGACCGAGACUUUCCUAUUGUUGAGAUUUAUUUAUUAUUAUUGUAAAAAAAUUGUGAAGUGAGAGAUUGAAUCUCUAACCUUUUAGGAUGAAAGUCAUGUUAAUUACCGUUGAAUUAAGCUUAAUUUGACUUAUUGUUGAGAAAUUUAAUUUAAA